AUUUGAUCACUGUUCUAAACUGAUAUAUAUGUGAAUUAUUGCAAUUGGAAAAAAACGAAAAGCAAUGCAAGAAGGAAAGAUGGGUAAUUAAGGUUACAGUCCUGUAUAUGCGCUUGCAAACUCCCCUGUGAAGGCAAAGCGGCUUGCAGUGACGUCACUCAUUCCCGUGAAAGGCGGAACCACGAGCGCAUUCUGUGUUUAUAUUCUUAAGUGAAGGCUGCUGCGUUCAGUCACGCUGUCUGUAACGUCUAACCAUGCUGGUGCCAAUCUUCACUCUCAAGCUCAACCACAAAAUCAACCCACGUAUGGUGACAGUGGGCAAGUUCGACGGGGUUCACCCCUGUCUCGCUGCAGCCACGCAGGCAGGGAAGGUGUUCAUCCAUAACCCCCAUGCCCGCGCACAGCGGCAGCAGCCCGCCCACCGACUCAGCCACAGCGCACAGGACUCUGACAUUUCCCUACUGAACAUCAACCAGGCUGUCAGCUGCCUGACAGCCGGCGUGCUGGGGCCUGGCCGGACAGGGCAUGCCCUCCUCGUGGGCUCACAGAGCACCCUGCUGGCCUACGACGUGCAUGACAAUGCAGACAUCUUCUACAAAGAGGUAGCAGAUGGGGCCAAUGCAAUCGUCUUAGGGAGCCUGGGGGACAUUCCCUCACCCUUGGCCAUCAUUGGGGGGAACUGUGCCCUGCAGGGGUUUGACCACCAAGGGAAUGACCUGUUUUGGACGGUCACUGGGGAUAACGUGAGAUCUCUGAUGCUCUGUGACUUCACUGGAGAUGGAAAAAACGAGCUACUCGUUGGGUCGGAGGACUUUGAUAUUCGAGUUUUCAAAGAGGAUGAACUGAUAUCCGAGAUGACGGAAAACGAGACGGUGACAUCACUUUGCCACAUGCAUGGCAGCCGGUUUGGGUACGCUCUGGCCAAUGGAACCGUGGGCGUGUAUGACCGUAGCGCCCGCUACUGGAGGAUUAAGUCUAAGAAUCACGCGAUGAGCAUCCAUGCGUUUGACCUAAAUGCGGACGGGGUUGUGGAGCUCAUCACAGGCUGGUCCAAUGGAAAGAUUGACGCACGUAGCGACCGCACAGGUGAGGUCAUCUUCAAAGACAACUUCUCAUCCUCGGUGGCCGGUAUCGUGGAGGGCGACUAUCGAAUGGAUGGCCAGAUGCAGCUCAUCUGCACCUCUGUCGAAGGAGAAGUGAGGGGCUACCUGCCGGCCAGCAAAGAGAUGAAGGGGAGCCUGAUGGACAGCAGUGUGGAGCAGGACCUCAUCCGUGAGCUGAGCCAACGGAGACAGAACCUGUUAUUGGAGCUUCGCAACUACCAGGAGAAUGCCAAGGCCGUCCAGGGAUCUCCAGGCCCAGAGGGGGACAAUCAGAUGGGGGUCAUCCCAGCAAACACACAACUCCAGACCGCCCUCUCAGUCAAAGCGGCCACAGAAACGCAGAAAGCCCACAUUGAGCUGAACAUCUCAACACCCAAUGACACCAUCAUCCGUGCGGUGCUGAUUUUCGCAGAGGGCAUCUUCGAGGGGGAGAGUCAUGUGGUGCACCCAAGCGCCCAGCACCUAUCAGGCUGCAUCCGUGUUCCCAUCAUCCCCCCAAAGGACAUCCCUGUGGACCUGCAUAUCAAGGCCUUCGUGGGGGGCAGGAGCAGCACGCAGUUCCACGUGUUCGAAAUCACGCGGCAACUGCCCCGCUUCUCCAUGUACGACCUGCACGUGGACCCUGCCGCCAGCCAGCCCACGGGCAGAGUGACAUUCAGCAUCAAUGACCGGCCACAGAGGGUCAUCAUAUGGUUAAACCAGAACUUCCUGCUUCCAGAGGGAAUGGAUUCCCCGGACGUGACCUUCACUUGUUUGCGUGGAAGGGGGCUCCUCAGCAUCAGCAUGCAGUCCAGUGGGGAGAUCACACUGAAGACUGACGACAUGGACUUGGCGGGGGACCUUGUCCAGUCCCUGGCCUCCUUCCUGGCCAUCGAGGAGCUGCAGGUUGAAGCAGAUUUCCCUGCAUAUUUCGAGGAGCUGCGAGGGACCCUGGCUGAGGUGGACGAGUACCACAUGGUCCAGCAGAAGCUGACGGCGGCCAUGGCCGACCACUCCAACCACAUCCGCACCAUGCUGGUGCAGGCGGAGGAUGCCAGGCUCAUGGGCGACGUGAGGAACAUGAAAAAGCGCUACAUCGAGCUUUAUGACCUGAACAGAGACCUGAUUAACGAAUACAAGAUCCGCUCCAAUAACCACAAUGCCCUCAUCGCCUGCCUGAAGUCCGUUAACCAGGCCAUCCAGCGAGCGGGACGGCUGCGGGUGGGCAGGGCCAAGACCCAGGUCAUCACCGCAUGUCGAGAUGCCAUCAGGAACAACAACAUCAACGCCCUUUUCAAGAUCAUGAGGGCAGGUACAGCUUCUUCUUGAGGACGAUUACUGCCGGUACCUCGGAAAUCCCUACGUGAGGGAGUGGAGAUUCUGGUCCUGAAAUGAUGCCAAGCCCGCCGGCAGCUGUAGGAGAGAGACCCUCCCCCACCCCGGAAUAGCACUGGACAUGUCCCAUUCGGGUCACGGAAGCUGCUCUGAUAGUUACCUUAAGCUAAGAAGUCUUCGUAAGACUAGCUUAUGCGGGUCUGCAGUGGGACGCAAAGGCAACCUAGAGGAGCCAUUGAGUGACAAUGACUGGAUGGUUAUGAACACGCUGGUGUAGCCAAAGAAACACAACACUGAUCAGCAGUCAAGCGUUAGAACAUCAGUCGUGGUUCUUUUCAAAGCCUAUAAACAGUAAUCUUGUCUGUCUAUAUACAUAUUUAUGUGAUAUGUAUACAUUAUUCAUUUGAAUUUAGUAACAAAAUCUUAUAUAUAAAGUAUUAUGACUUUCUCA